GGAAACGGACAGAGGGAGUACUACAGAGUCUACAGUGUUGUUUGAAUUCCUCCUCGUCUCCCUCGCAGCCAUGCUGACUCCCAGAAAGAUCCUAAGAAUCCAAGAAUUCAAACCCAGCAAAAUCAGCAUCACCUCAAUCAAAACUCACUGCUCUCGUUUCUUCUCUUCAAUUCCUCUCCAACAAAUCCCCACACCUCCAGGAACCUCACAAUCUCUUCACGACUCCAUCUCAUCUUCUCUGUGGCAUUUGAUCAAACACCUCUCACCCAUUCUCACUCCCUCCCUAAUCGCCACUGUUCUACCUGAUUUUCGUUCUAACCCAGACCACAUUCUCAACUUCAUUCAUCAUGUUGACCCUCAGUGUCUCGACAUUAAUUGCUAUUGUCUAGCGAUCACUAUUGUGUCUCAGGCAACUUCCUCGAAACCAGCUUUAGGAUUAAUAAAGAAGGUUAUUGCUAGUAACAUUGCCACAAGAAAGGAGAUUUUUGAUGGGUUGGUCAGUGCUGGAAAAGGGUUAAGUGUGGAGAGCCAGAGAGUGUUUGAUUUGUUUUUACAGGCAUUCUGUGAUUUGAAAAUGGCGGAUGAGGCGUUUAAGUGGUUUUUGAUGAUGAAAUGUAAGCGUAUAUUGCCUAAGAUUGAAAGUUGUAAUGAUAUGUUGAGUUUGUUUCUUAAGUUGAAUCGGACCCCUGCUGCUUGGGUUUUGUAUGCUGAGAUGUUUAGGCUGAAGAUUGAGUCGACGGUUUGUACGUUUAAUAUAAUGAUUAAUGUUUUAUGUAAAGAAGGUAAGUUGAAGAAAGCUAUGGAGUUUGUUAUCGACAUGGAGGGAUUAGGGUUUAAGCCAAAUGUUGUAACUUAUAAUACUAUAGUCCAGGGUUAUUGUUUGAAGGGGAAUAUUGAGGGUGCUCAGAGGGUUAUUGAGGUGAUGAAAGGCAAAGGUGUUGAGCCGGAUUCGUAUACUUAUAAUUCGAUUAUUAAUGGAAUGUGCAAAAUUCGGAGGGUUGAACAAGCGUCUGCUUUUUUUGAUAAGAUGGAGGAAUGUGGGUUGGUUCCGACUGCUGUGACGUAUAACAGUUUGAUUGACGGUUAUUGUAACAAAGGAGACCUUGAUAGAGCCUUCAGUUAUAGGGAUAAGAUGGUUAAGAAGGGAAUUGCACCAACAGUAUCCACAUACAAUGUGUUGAUUCAUUCUCUGUUUAUGGAAGGUAAGGAGGCUGAAGCCAAUGAUAUGAUUAAAGAUAUGGGACAAAAGGGUAUGUCUCCAGAUGCCAUUACUUACAACAUUUUGAUAAAUGGGUACUGCAGGUCUGGAAAUGAAAGGAAAGCGUUUAACAUGCAUGAUGAGAUGAUAGGCAAACAGAUCCAGCCUACACGAGAGACCUACACAUCUCUUAUUUAUGUUUUGAGCAAAAAGAGAAAAAUGAUAGAAGCUGAUAACUUGUUUCAGAAGAUAGUUAGAAGAGGAAUUUUACCGGAUCUUAUAAUGUUCAAUGCCUUAAUUGAUGGUCACUGUGCCAAUGGUAAUGUGAAUCACGCAUUUUCACUUUUAAAAGAGAUGGAUAGACUGCGGGUUAUACCUGAUGAAGUGACAUAUAACACUUUGAUGCAAGGGCUUUGCAGAGAGGGUAAAGUUGAAGAAGCCCGGGGGCUUAUUGAUGAGAUGAAGCGGAAGGGGAUAAAGCCUGAUUACAUCAGUUAUAACACUCUUAUAAGUGGGUACAGUAGAAGAGGUGAUAUAAACGUUGCCCUGAGAGUUCGAGAUGAGAUGCUAAGUAUAGGUUUCAAUCCUACUCGUCUCACUUACAAUGCUCUUAUUCAGGGUUUAUGCAAAAACCAAGAGGGAGAUCAUGCUGAAGAACUACUUCAAGAAAUGAUCAGCAGGGGAAUUGAUCCAGAUGAUAGUACUUACUAUUAUUUGAUCAAAGGAAUAGGUGACGUAGAUAAAUUUUUGGAGAAGGAUGAUUUAUGAUUUAGUAAUUAGUAUAGCUUCAUACAGAAUAGUGUUGUUAAUUGGUUCUGAACUGCAAAUGGACUGGUUGAUGACGCCUAAUAUUACAGAGACUCUUAUGGAUCAA